GUCAGUGAGCUGACAGACCUCAUACCAUGUACAGCACAAAACGCAGAGAGGCAGUGGGAGUGACGGGUAGGACAGCUCCAGUCUCUGCGGGACACGGAGGCAGGGCGGCGGGAGCCUUGACUGUCCUACCAGUCCUGGCCAUGCCAACGACCAGAUACGGCGAUGUAUUUUUAUUUUACCUGGCCUAAAAUGAGCGGCAGUGAAGCGUGUGGGGGAGGCGGGGCAGAGGGGACCCUGCCCAGCGGCGAGUGGGGAAGCGGGGGAGGAGGCAGCGGUGAGCUCGCCGACAGCGACGGAGCUUGUGUGCUUGCUCCUACCGCCGCUGCCGCAACUCCAGCUCCGUGCUGCGAGGGAGAGGCCGGCAGCGCCCGGGCCCAAAUGUAUAGCGAUUGGAAUCAUGAAGAUAAAAUCCGCAAUAAUGUGGACGCCAGCAGUAAAAAUAAGGUCGUGCUUCUGGACAAUGCCAGUGACAGCAGCGGGGGAAAGCGCGACCGGAGUGCUGAGACUGGAGAAUGCGGAGAGGAAUGCCUCAGUCUUGCCAAUGGAAACGGAGAUCUGCUGAAGGGUGCGAGCAGCAUUAAUAUUGAUUACAAAACCAGUGGCUCCGAGCCUGGGGAAAAUGGGGGCGGACGGAGCCUUGUUAUGGCUGUUGCAUCGGGGAGGACAGAAUGCGCGGAGGGCAGGGGGCUGCAAGCUGCCGCCUGCAAAAGGAGAUACAGCAACGGAUCCAAGACGGAGAACCGGGUAAGCAAAGUCUCAGGCACCCGGAAUCGUGCAAUAAAUUUGGCCGCUGCAGUCACGAAGCGUCCUGGAAGUAGCCUGAGCAGAGCGCCGAAGAGGGUCUGUUUCACGGGGGAGAUACCAUCAGCACACUGCGGCAUCAUCUCGGGCUCUGGAGCCGGCUGCUCGGAGUUGGAAGAUCCCUCGUUCUGCUCUCCGCCCAUAGAGUUCAAGACCAGCCUGGCCGGUUCGAGGCAUUUUAAAAGCCACUCGGAGAUCCCCAAGCCCGCCAGCUGGGCUCGCUCUGCCACGGUACACAUCUCCAAGCGUGGGAGCAGGUGUGGUGUUUCGAGUGGUUUUGAAAGCCCCGUUACAUCGAACAGGAUUGGCGUAUUCCCAUACUCUAGUGCGGCAAAAGACAGCUGUGUUAAUUAUAUUGAUAGCAGCAAUGGACAGGAGCCCAGAAGUGCCAAAGGCAGGGUGAGACUGUACAGGGUGCGCUCCUUCCUGACGGCCACAGCCGGGUGUAACAGCGCGGGCAAGGGCAGCAGUAAUGCGAAUGGUUGCCGGGGCCCACAGAACGGGAGCAGUUUCUGCCCAGCGCUCCGGCCCGCCUGUGCUUCUGCUCCAGGGAUAAGCAGCGUUUUAUACCCUGGGCCCCAGGAGAGCCAGCCUGGGCGGCAGUCCUGCCGGUCAGCGAGCAGCUGCCUUGCCCAGCCCUGCCGGCCGGUUAGUGGGGGGGCGGACGGCAUCUCUGGACAUGGAAGAAAUGAUGGCAAGGAGAUGUGGGCAGCCAAGGGGGGCCCUGUGCUGCAGAACGGUGUGGGUUUGGGUUUCACCUCAAACGGCGUGAGCAGGGUGACUUGGGUGCCAGUGGCGGCACUAGCUCGGGCCCUCCGGGGGGGAAGACGGCCCCCGGAGGCCCCCAGCCUCAGGGCAGUGGAGGCGGGGGCCGAGGAGGCCGGGCGGAGGCAGGGGCGGUUGGAGGAGCGGACGGAGAGGCUGUGGAGGCGGCUGCAGGCGGUGCAGGGGAAGCAGCUGGAGAGGCACGUGGCCCAGCAGCUGCGCGGCCUGGCGGGGACCGUGGCGCGAGGCAGGAGGGGGGGAGGAGGGGCGCCUCUCAAGCACGGCGCCCUCGCGCCCGGCACCGGCGAGGUGGCCCGGUUUGCGCAGAGCUGCACGGCAGCCCUCAGGACGGUGGAGAGCGCCCUGGACUCGGACGCCACGGCGAGCAGCAGCUCUGGAGGGGAGAGCGAGAGUGAGGAGAUCGGGGAGAGAGGAGGCAGCGUCGGCCCAGCUCCGCACACACCCCACACACUGCAGGAGAGCGCAAGGUGGCACUGGCUGGAGCAGAGGGCAGAGCUGGGCAGUAGGUGGGCAUGGCUACAGGCUCGGGUAUCGGACCUGGAAUAUCGCAUCCGAACACAAACUGAGCUGUACACUCAACUGAGGCAUAGCAAGGGCAGCGGAGUGCUCCAGUCCCAGGACAGUCUACUGCCCCGGCUGCCUUGCCCAGCAAAUGGCGCCCUCCACAGCCCCCCAGACCCCCUCAGGGCACGAUUGCAAGAGGAGGCGCUGGCAGCCUGCCCUUGCCCGCCGGACCGCAGCGUCACGGCGGCGCGCGCUCGCCCACUGCCCAGACACCGCCGCCCAAGACUGGUGCGCCUGGAGGGAGCGGCGCCGCUCGGCAGCAAGACGGUGCAUUUUCGGUGCUGUUGUGAGCCGCCCUCAGGGUGCGUGUUGUGUGGCGGCCGUCCCCAGCUGGCUGAGUCGGAUUGGGGAUGGGGGUCAGUAUGUGAGCGACAGGCCAUGCUGGACCCUUGUCUGCACCCUGUUCUGUCCCUUCCCAGUGAUGUUCCUCUGGCUGUGCAGUGCGGACUGAGUUCCCUCAGCACCUUACAUUCCCAGAAUCCUCCGUGGCUGCUAGGGGAGCCACCCCCUCCUUCCUGGCUGGAAAACAGGGGCCCGGGGUCCCAGCGUCUCUCCAGAAUGAAGAGGAAACUUGAGCUCCCCCAGAUCCCCUGCCACACUUUGAGUCACCUGCUUCAUACAGCAUGUGGUGUCCGUCGGAAUGAGAAGCUGCAGAGAAGUGCUGCCAGUCCAAGUGUUCUCAUCCCCAGAGCCCCCUCUGAGCCUCCCCUUCACACAGGGCCCCUGCCAGCAGUGGAGAGCCCCCUUUCCGUCCCCCCACAGCCCUCUCGACGCCGGCGGGGGGAGAGCUCCUUCGACAUCAAUAACAUGGUGAUGCCGCUGGGGCUGGGAGGCGGUGCUCGCGUGCAGAGACUCCAGUACAAGGAGAUUCUCACCCCCAGCUGGAGGCAGCUCAACUGUAUCUUUGUUCCACCCGUUGGACAGGCGGCCCCAGGGCCUGGAGAUGGCCUCGCAUCUUUUGAACGGACCGCGGGAGAGGAGGAGGAGGAGGAGGAGGAGGUGGAGGACCUGUCUGACGCAUCGUUCCUCUGCCGUCACUCUGCGUCUGAGGACAAGGAGAGGAGUCGCUGGGGCACCUGGGCCCGCCGAGCCAGCCAGCGCCGAGGCAGGUUUUCCUCGCGGGCAGAGAGCAAGGUGAUUCCUCAGCCCACAGGUCCAGUCCUCCCCCCGCUGUCACCAGAGCGGAGCCCUGGCGGCCAGACUGAGCAGCCUGACACCUGUCCGCCGAGCCCCCCCGAGAGCGAGGACACCUCCUGCCCCCUGGCUGAGGAUGAAGAGCUGGCGGUGUUGCCGUGGGAACGCCGGUCGUUCCCUUUGUCAGAGGCAGAGCUAAGGUUGCUGAAGGAAGAGGAGGAGCGCGUCCCGCCGCCGGCUUUGUCCAUAGGAACUGCAGAGGACCCGAGCACUACUCGCAGCCACAGCACUGACUCAGGGAUCUCCGUGGGCAGCCUCGAGCUCUCUCCCGUCACCCCACAACCCCCUCAGCCCAGCCAGGAUCUCAGUCCUAAACUCUCGCCUACUCCCCCCGCCGCGCUGAGCACUCAGGAAUUUCUCUCACCCCCUACUAUGCUGUCGGUCAACCACAAAACUGUCACACAGCCCCAUUCCCCCUCCUUCACGCACAGACCCCCUCCAGCGGCCACUCCUGGGCCCCUGUUGACAACCAGCGCUCCCAGUCCUGUGGUCACGACGCGCUGUGGCCACAGCUGAGACUGGCUGCUGCAGGGAGGGACACAGGGGUGAGGCUGUUGUUUCAAACGCCAAUCUGUUUGAUAUUCAAACAUGCUCACCGCUAUGGAAGGGAAAAGUGACCCCAGCACUCUCAUAUACCCCCCUCCUCAUCCCCCAAACCUCCCUCUGUUCAUUGCUCUCACUGCCAUUCUCACUGUUGUGCACAUUUUCAUUAUCUGUGUUAUACAGGAGAAAUUAAAAUUCUCUUCUUUUUGGAAAAAGCAAACUAAUGUGCAAUGUUAUGAAUCCUGAAGACAUAUCCUAAAAGUGAUCAAGGUGUGAUAUUCCAAAGUGUGGCAUUGUAGUUCUUUUAUUAUCAUUUUCUCAACUGCCUGUUGGAGAGGGGUCUUUUGUCUAAAUGAAACAACUCCAUGACUUUGCAGAGCUCCUCAGUGACUUGACCCACACAGCCUGUCCACAUAUUUCCACUUCUGUCCUCAAUGCUGUGAGGAUCAGAGAACAAGGAUGUCCAAUACCCGCUGUGUCAAAACCUCACCUGGAGUGACACUGCAGACCAGGUCUUAAUGCGAGACACUUGGGUUGAGUGUCCCAAUCCAGACGAUAGGUUGUAGAAUCUUGGAUUCAUAUUAGAAAAAAAUUAAAUUUCAAGUUCGCUUAAAGCUUUAAACAGCUCUGUACACAGAAAAGGGUUUAUAAUGAUCCAAAUAAGAUUUAGUUUAACUCUUUUAUUGCUUAAACAAUAUGUGGCCCAAGGGCCAUGAUUGAUUGUUGUGACUUAAAGAGAAACCUUGUGGGGAUGCUGACUCCCAGGAGUUAUCCUGGACUAGAAAAUCCCCUUCCUUCCAAUCAUCGGUAUAUAAUUAACAGGAUUUGUGGAAAGGCAGACUGAGAAAAAGUGAUAUUAAUCAAUCACUGGAUGAUUUUAUACAACAUCUUUCCACGGUAAACAAUAUCUCAUAUUGUGCUUCAUAAACUCAGGUUGCAAAAGGGCACAGUACUGUACGUCUACAGGGGCAAGUAUUACUUUUUCUUAAAAUAACAUUCCACUCAUUUUGGAAGAGUUCCCUAUAUCUAUAUUUGAUACAUUUUCAAACCAAGGACACCAGAAUUCAAUUUUAGGGUAUUGUAAUAAAUACCUGAAAUUACGGUUGAAACUGCUUUGAAUUUGGAUUCUUUAAUGGUGCCUCCAACAUAAUCGAGCUGAGAUCAGAGGAGAAUAUUUGAGUCACAACAGAGUGGACCGACUAGGCAGCUAAAAGUGAAGGAGGUGUUUUCAACAGGGUUUGUUUCAGUGGUUUUCAGUGUGAGUGAAUGACGUGUGUGCAGUGCCACACCUCAGUCCCAGGGUCCCUGAAGGCAGGGUGGUACUGGGGUGGGCUGGGAACAUUUGCUCUUCACUAAGUUUAAUCUGUGAUUAACCCCUCUCCCCAGUCUGUGCACCCCUGUAUUCCUCUCUUCCCAGUUUGUUUUUUGUCUUCAUUGACCUUAGUUCUGUAUGAUGGGCAAACUGGCAAAUGCAUACAUUCACUCAAGAUUUCAGCAGUUUGGCUCAUUGAAAAUUAAGGUCCAUUAUGUUCUAAAUUCUGUGGCAGAGACAGGGUGGUGUAAUUGUAAUUUAGAUGUAUUUGUGUUCUGGAAGUGGGUACUGUCUUUGUUGGUAAGUGAUAAAUAAGAGGCAAAUUAAAUAGCAGUUGUUUCAGUACAGGUACUACUGGGAUGUUUCAUACCUAGAGCGGUGUAGUUUCAUCCUUCGACCAGCAGCAAUGUACAGUAAGUGGUAAGUGCUUGGUAAGUGGUGGUCUGUCCACCCCAGAGGACAGUCACACUGUCUUCAUACACACGGGUAGAGACUACUUUUCACAGACUGGGCCAAGGCUGUAAGAGAGCCAGGAGCUGGGUGAAAAGAACCAGAUAGCAAGUAACUUCAAAACAAACAUGUCUGCUCUAACGGGACAUAACACUUCAGAGCUAAGAACCAGUGAUCAUUCUCAAUUCACUAACAGUCAACAGUCUAACUGUCAUUACAGUUAAUGUCUUUUCUAAAAUUUAUACAGAAGGUUAUUAUCUUCCUUUCUCUUUUUUUGUUGGUACUGACCUGGGACCUUUCCCACUCCCUCUGUAUUUAUUUCUAUAUCGGUGUGUCUGUCUUUGCCUGUGUGAUAGUCCUGCGUUGAGUUCUCACAGUAUCACUCCUCUGUUCUCUCUCUUGAGAGAGGUACCUUUGAGGGUCUCGUGUAGAAAUUGUAUUUAAAAAAACACAGGACAGUAAAAGACAAGCUAAGGAAGUUCACAAUGCUUGAAAGAACGAAGAUUAAAAAAAAAGUAAUACA